AUGUCACUAUUAUUAUUAUUACUAUUUAUUGUAAUAUCACAUUCGACUACUUAUGUAGUUGCAAAGGAACAAGAAACAAAUGAAGGAUCAGGAUCCAAUGCAACAACAGCAUCAUCAUCUGGAAAUGUUGAACCAAUACCAUCAAGUGUAUCAACAGACUUUGCUCUAUUCACAUUCAAACAUUUCUUAAUCAUACUAGUUGUAUUUGGUGCAUUUCUUGCACUCUCAAUCAUAAUGGUUCAAUUACGUAUCAAACUAAAGAACAUUAUGAUUGAUAGGAUACCAAGGAAGAUCAUGCCAUUCCUCAGACCAGGUGACUUGUCUCAUAAACAAAGAACAAUAAUAUUGAAUGAGCUGGUUAGAUCUAAACAAUUGGUUGUAAAGCCUAGCAUUGGAGAGUCACCUAUUAGUCAUUUGGGAUGGGGAUCACCUGGUUCAGAGUACUCAAAGGUUCACUUUAAAACAUCAAUUGCAAAGUCAUGGAUCAUCUUGGAGCGAGCAGCCGUUCACUUUAACGCAGACCUCAAACGACAGGCAAAGAUGUGUAUGCGCGACUAUGUCAAUAUGUUACUCGAUCGCUGUCCACACAUGAACAGGUCAUUGGCAAGAUUCUAUGUUGACGCCUAUGAGAAGGCUAGAUUCAGCGAGCAAGAGUUCACUUUGGACGAGUACACUCACUUCAUGACCAAGUUCCUAGUGUUGUUGCAAGACUUUGAAGGAUCAUCAAAGUUGAUGAUGUCAUCUCCACUAUCCCAUCAAGUUGUUACAAGUCAAGCG